GAUUCUCUUCAGAUCCAUAAUCAUGGCUGCAGCUGGAAACAAGAGCAUUAACGCCAAAUUGGUGUUACUUGGAGAUGUUGGUGCUGGAAAAUCAAGUCUUGUGUUACGGUUUGUCAAAGAUCAGUUUGUUGAAUUCCAGGAAUCAACGAUUGGUGCUGCUUUUUUCUCACAAACAUUAGCUGUCAACGAUGCUACUGUCAAGUUUGAGAUUUGGGAUACAGCGGGUCAGGAACGGUACCAUAGUUUGGCUCCAAUGUACUACAGAGGUGCUGCUGCUGCAAUCAUUGUCUUUGAUGUUACGAAUCAGGCCUCGUUUGAGAGGGCAAAGAAAUGGGUUCAGGAACUGCAGGCACAAGGUAACCCUAAUAUGGUCAUGGCCCUUGCUGGAAACAAAUCUGAUUUAUUAGAUGCAAGGAAGGUGACUGCAGAGGAGGCACAAACAUAUGCUCAAGAAAACGGUCUUUUCUUCAUGGAAACAUCAGCAAAAACCGCCACUAAUGUCAAAGAGAUAUUCUAUGAAAUCGCAAGAAGGCUACCGCGAGUACAGCCAACAGAAAACCCAACAGGAAUGGUUCUCCCAGACAGGGCCAUGGAUAGGGCAGUGAGCUCAUCUUGUUGUGCUUAGUUAUAUAUGUAAUGGCGCACACCUCUUAAAAAGAAAUCUUUUGGUCAGUGACUUUGAAGUUAUGGACUUCUGUGUUUGCGUUUCUUUGCUUUGUUUUGCGUAUUUGAGAUUUGAUCUCCACUCUUUUGUAAAUAAAUCUCAUACUCUCUA